AUGGAAGAACCAAUGUAUACACCAAAUGACUGCUUAAAUAAGAAUAUUACCAUUGAAGAGAUAUGUUUAGUAGUAGAACAAGCAGUAUCACAGUCAGCAUACGGUUAUGACAAUAUUCCAUUCGGUGUACUGAAAUUUCCACCAGUAAUAAGUGUACUUCAUCAGCUGUUUCAGCUUAUAUUUGACUCAAGUCUAAUUCCAUCAAUAUGGAGAAAAGCAAUUAUCUGUCCAAUUCAUAAAGACCCAGCAUCUGAUCCCCGUGUCCCAAUGAACUAUAGAGGUGUGAGUCUGCUAUCUUGUGCCAGUAAAUUAUAUAGUGCUUUCAUGAAUAAACGUUUAACACACUACUUAGAGAACUCUGAGCUACUUGCAGACGAACAAAACGGCUUCAGGAAAAACCGUUCAUGUGAAGAGCAUGUCUUCACAUUGAGCAGUAUAGUUCGGAACAAUUCGACUGUCUUCGGCGCCUUUAUCGACCUUCGGAAAUGUUUUGACUUUAUCAAUCGUGAAAUGAUGCUAUAUAAAUUACUUCUUAAUGGAAUUGACGGGAAGCUUCACAAGUCUAUUAGAAACAUAUAUCAGCAUUCUAGCUCCUGUGUUAGGAUUAAUGACAAACUGACAGAGCGGUUUGACUGUAAGUCUGGCGCAAAACAAGAGGACAAUCUUUCCUCGACACUAUUUUCCAUCUUCAUUAACGACCUCGUGAAGGAAAUUAAUGAUUUGAACAUUGGUUUCGAUAUAGGAGGGAAAAAGAUAUCUACAUUACUUUAUGCAGACGACAUUGUUUUAUUGGCAAAAGAGUGUGUCUUUCGCGAAUGUGAGAUACAGCCGAACAAGACUGUUGCAGAAGCUGAACAUCACAUAUUUCAAACAUCUGACACACGGGAUGAAUACGAUUCGAAACUUAUCUCAUAUUUUGAAGAUGAGAUAAGAAAAUUAUCACAGCAACAGCGACAGCAGAUAGUAUCUCUACUACGACUACAGCACCAACAAUCUCAUUUAAAAGUAAGAAAAUCUUUGUUGAUCUACUACCGGUCCGUCAUAGUCAGAAUUAUUUUUCAGCAACUACUGGUUGGAAGUAAGCAACACUCUAUAGAACGUGUGGAAUCACAACCUCUGUUCAAUCCACAUGAUGCAUACCUUUUCAACAAAGCAUUAGUUGAGGGGCAGGAGAGAGACCUCUUUGUCAGGAUAAAUGUUGUAGGUUACUUCGCACAAGGUAAAACAAGUCUUAUAAGGAGGUUGUUGAACAAACCAAUAGAUGGGGUUGUGAGUACUGAUGGCAUAGAUGUUCAUAUUAGGAAAUGUAAAAUAAAAGAUGCUGCGGUGUGGGAAAGUUAUGAAACACCGCUGGAUGAGGAUUGCAAUCGACGUUUGGCUAAAGUAGCAAAAUCUAAUGACAUGAAAACUAUGAAAACUCGUGUCAUGAAACCGGGAGAAAAGGGGGAAUAUUCAGGCAUAGAAACCAAUCUUACACAAACAAAAGAAACACCAGGCAGCUUGCAAGAUCAAGCAACUAGUCUCAACUUCCAUGAACAAGAUGUCCCACUACUUGUUAAGAAAUUGCUUCAGGAAAUAAACAUAAAAGACAUAGAGUCUGAGAGUGACUUCUUUGCAAACAUUUGGGAUUUUGGCGGACAAUACAUAUAUUAUGCAACUCAUCAAAUAUUCCAUUCAAGAGAUGCGAUCUAUCUUUUGGUAUUCGACUUGAGACAAGACCUAGAAAGUCUCGUGAUAGAUAAUGACUUUCCUGAAAGAAGACAAAAGAUAAAAAAUUGUUUGAAAUUUUGGGUAAAUUCAAUUGAUACUUUCGUUGGAACAAAUGAUGGUAAGCAGCCGCUGAUAAUAUUUGUUGGAACACAUAAAGAUAAGUUUGAUGGUGAUAUCGACGACAAGUUUGGCAAAGUAAUAGAUCUCUUUGUUAAUACAAAAGCAAGAAACCACAUAUAUAAAACGCCGUUUGCAGUAUCCAACGUUGAUGCAACAGACAAGUCCAUUGGCGAGUUAAGAGAAGCUAUUUGUGAGAUAGCAAAGCAACACUUUGCACACAGAAAAGUUCCAGCAAAAUGGAUACCAUUAGAAAAGGCAUUAUUGUCAACAAGGAAAGAAAAGAACAUACUCACAUUUCAAGAUGUGAUGGAGCUUGCUAAAACAAACAUGAUUUCUGCCCAAGAUGAAGAGGAUAUAAAGCUGUUCUUAAAAUACCAUCAUGCAAAAGGCACACUCAUUUUCUUUGACGAGGAUGCACUUGAUAAGUAUGUAAUUGCUACUCCACGCUAUCUUAUUGAUGCAUUUAAAUGCAUCUUUACGUCGAAAGAUGUUUGCAAAUGGAACAGGGAUUUACAUCCUCUGUGGAAAAAGCUAGAAACGACAGCAGUUUUGGAAAGAGGCCUAGUGAACGAAGUUUGGAAGUGUGAUCAAAGCAAUGAUUUUAUUGAUAACGCAGACAUUCUGUUAAUGUUUUUGCAAAGACAUAGAAUAAUAUCUGAGCUGCUCCUAUUCGACAACACAACAGAAACUGUGAAAGGUCUAGGAAAGUAUUUGGUACCUAGUAUGCUCAGACAACAGUGUGAUGAAGAACAUUUGAAAGCUUUCAUCGGCAGGAAACACGGUUCUGUGGUGUCCCUUGGAUUUAAGCUAGAGCAUAACUCAGUCCUGGAAAACAUAUACGUGAGGAUUACAGCAGCAGCUCUUGGACGAUGGCCUCCAAUCAAAUACAAUGGCGAGAACUUCCUUUUCAAAAAUAUAGGAUUUUACAGGCUGGACCGACAACAUAUUGGACAAAUUGCACUAAAAGAUGAAAAGGGAUUGGAGCUUACAGUUUACAAUUUGUGCGCACCAAACAAAGUUGAAAAGAAAGUGUGCGAUCGUUUCCGGCGUUACAUUGAAAGCAUGAUAUCAUACGACAUCAAACGGCCUCAUGGGGACUUGAAUACAAAACCUUACGGGUACUAUUUUACAUGCAACCAUAGGGAACACGGUGGUUAUGGAAGCAAGGAAGUCGUAAAUCAAGAAGACAUGGAGUCACUUAUUUCAGUGAGCUGUCCCGACUAUUUGGACCAUUCGGUUGCUACUUGUUCAGCACGAGAAGAAUGGUUCUUAAAUGAAACGACCGCCAAAGAUCAAACCAUUCCUGAUAGAAGAGUGACAGACAAGGAUUUAAAAAGAUUAUCUGAGUCAAUUGGCAAAAACUGGAUGCUACUUGGGGUUGAAUUGGGAUUUUCUAUGGAUGAAAUCGAAAGGCUGGAAAUAGAUUAUGCAGUAAGUGGAGUUGCAACAUCAAUCUUCUACAUGCUAUUUGAAUGGAGUGAGAGAAAUUCACAUACUGCCACUUUUAAUGUUCUCAUAAAAGCUAUGAAGGAGUGCGAACAGUUGAGCGUAAACUGGGAUAAGAUCAGAAACAUUAUUGACGAAUUUUGAAAGUUAGCCAUCUAAAUCAACCUCGAUUUUGAUGGAGCUUGGUUAUACAUCAAAAACAGUGUCUGCAUUUCAGCAGUAGAACUUAUAAACAGUGGUCAGUGUUGACUGUAAACAUUGUUUGUGAGAGAUAUAUUCAAGAAACUAAAUAGAUGGUAUCAUGAAACCAAGGUAACAGAGAACGAAAGUCAAUUGCGAAUCACAGUUUCAUCGUAAGGCGCUUUAAUAGCACUGACUAUUCACAUUAAUUUAUUCCUUGGUUGCGAAGACUCAAACGGAAUAUCGCAACGUCAGGCAAAUGCUCGUUUAGCACCUGAAGAAACUUUCAUUUAAGUAGUGUUUCCGUGGUUGAUAAGACUCAAGAGGAAUAUCACUGUUUCAGCCAAAGGCUUGUUUUAGCUGCUGAAUAAACUUGCAUUCCGUGUACAUGUGUAUAUUAACAGUUUAAUAGGGAUUUUCAUGAAGAUUCCAUCUACUAACAGAGCGCCAAAUUCAAAGGUGGGAGAUCAUUGAUUCCCUUCCUGGCCACAUCAUACCAAAGACGUGAAAAUGUACAAAUAGGUUCCUCUUUUAGUACUCAACAUUACGAGAAUAGCUCUAGCACUGGCCCGCCCGUUAUCAGUAUGAUAUGACUGAGUAAGGUACUAUUUCACGUUUCUACGGCGUGAUAUUCCAGUGAGGCAUCUCUAUUAUUUUCUUAUCAUUGCAUAUAUUAUUUAGUCGUGGACAUAGACUAGUACUAAAGAAAUGUAAGUUCGAGAGAAAAUAUUGCGAACCCAUUAUUAAUAAAAUGAUCAUCGCGACAUGAAUUUACAUUCCUGUAUUAUUCUAUCAUCAACAAUUUAGAUCUUUUGUAUUUACAACCAUAAAUUUUCUGUACAAUAAAUUAAGAAAGUUCGAAA